AAUGGCCGAGUCCCGACUCCGUUUUGAUGGAUGAGGCUAUCUGUCCCGCUCCAACGGAUAGCGGCCGCGGCCACGGCCGCCGAAGUGCGGUGGGCAGUGGGGAGUGCCGCCUCCCAUGGCCUGGCGGCGCUGCCGGACAUCGGCGCUUACGGUCUCCUCAUCCAGCGCUGCGCCGAUGGCGGUUGGCUCCGCCAGGGCCAGCAGCUCCACGCCCGCCUCGUCGUCUUCGCCGUCGUCGCUUCCAACUUCCUCGCCUCCAAGCUCAUCUCCCUGUACUCCCGCUGCGGCCGCCUCCACGAUGCCCGUCGCAUGUUCGACGACAUCCCCCGUCGCAACCUCUUUUCGUGGAACGCCAUGCUCCUCGCCUACGCCCUACACGGCCCCGCCUCCCACGCCAUCCGCCUCUUCUCCUCCUUCCCCACCUCCCUUUCGCCCGACGCCUUCACCCUCUCCGCCCUCCUCAAGUCCCUGUCGUCCCUCCCACCUUCCUCUUCCUCCGCCUACAGGAGCGCCCACGCCUUCGCCGUCCGCCACGGCCUCGUCUGCAACAUCUUUGUCUCGAAUGGUCUCAUUACAGCCUACGCUCACGGGGACGAUAUAGCGUCCGCUCAAAGAGUUUUCGACACAAUGCCCCAAAGGGACAUCGUCUCCUGGAACUCGAUGAUAGCCGGCUACUCGCAGAGCGGUCAUUACCAGGAAUGCUUGCGACUGUACCGGGAGAUGGAAGCGAGAUCUGGCGGCGUGCUUCCUAAUGCGGUCACCGUCGUGAGCGUGUUGCAGGCUUGCUCUCAACUCAAGGAUUUACUUUUCGGCAUGGAGGUUCAUCGCUUUGCUGUGGAACAUGGGAUUCAGAUGGAGAGAGUGGCGUGGAAUUCAGUCAUCGGCUUCUAUGCCAAGUGCGGGAGCCUGGAUUCUGCCCGACGACUGUUCGAGGAAAUGAGCGACAAGGAUGGAGUCAGUUAUAGUGCGAUGAUAACUGGGUACAUGAGCUACGGGUUCGUCAGACCAGCAAUGGAUGUCUUCCGGCAAGCAGUUGCGCCCGUCCUUAGUACAUGGAAUGCCGUGAUCGCCGGUCUAGCACAGAACAAUUACCAUGAUGAAGUUUUGGACUUGGUAUGCGAGAUGCAGGCCUCGGGUUUCAGUCCUAAUUCAGUGACACUUUCAAGCCUUCUUCCAACCCUCUCAUUCAAUUCGAGUCUGCUGGGAGGGAAACAAGUCCAUGGCUACGCCAUUAGAAAUGACUGUCAUCAGAACAUAUAUGUUGCAACUGCACUCAUCGACACUUACGCAAAAUCUGGUUUUCUUGAAGGCGCUCGACGAGUUUUCGAUGUGUCAGCGGGCAGAAGUGUCGUCGUCUGGACCGCAAUCAUAUCGGCCUAUGCGGCUCACGGAGACGCGGAUGCUGCACUGAGCCUGUUUGAUAGAAUGCUCGACGCUGGGAUCGAGCCGGACCCAGUGACUUUCACCGCGGUGCUCUCGGCUUGUGCUCAUGCCGGGGCAGUGGAUGAAGCUCGCCACAUUUGUGAUGCCAUGUCUUCCGUUUACGGAGUAUCACCAACGGUGGAGCAUUAUGCUUGCAUGGUUGGAGUGCUUAGCCGUGGUGGGAUGCUCAAGGAGGCCGUCAAAUUCAUCGAUAAGAUGCCGAUAGAGCCGAAUUCUAAGACAUGGGGCGCACUGCUCAAUGGAGCAGCAGUUUAUGGUGAUGUUGAGGUUGGGCGGUUUGCAUUUGAGCAGCUGCUUGAGAUUGAGCCCGAGAACACGGGGAAUUAUAUCGUCAUGGCCAAUUUGUAUUCGAAGGAUGGGAGACGGGAGGAAGCCAAAACGUCGAGGGAGAAGAUGAGGGGAAUCAGGUUGGAAAAGACUGCUGGUUGUAGUUGGAUUGAGACGAGUGAUGGGCUGCAGGUGUUUGUGUCUCGGGAUACAUCAAAUGGACGAACAGACGAAUUAUAUGCAGUGUUAGAGGGACUGCUUAGAUUGAUUAGGGAGGAAGGUUAUGCUUACAGCAAUGAGUUUGAUGAGGAGACUGAGUCUUGUGUUCAAAAUGAUGAGAGUAAGCAGCAGCAGACUCUCUCUAUUGCUUCAGUUUGAGAAUGCAUGAGGAUUGAUUUCCAAUUACUUUGACUGUAAAAGUUGACUGCCUGUC